GUCCCACCAUUAGUGUCCUAAUACAUUUAACUAUUGUUGUGAUUGCUUCAAGUGCAUUCUAACAACCCUAGGAUUGCUUGUAUACGAUUGAUGAACUUUUGGUAGCAUUUUGUGCAUUUUCAGGGCAAAACAGCUCAAUGGGUCACUUGGAAGCCAUUGGGGACAUUGAGCCCAAGUUGCUGGAGCAAGGAUUCGAUGAAUAGACGUCAAGAAAAAAUUAUGCUCGGUGCGUCAUUUUAGAAAAUAAAAAAGGCGACCACAAAGCCAUUCUGGGAGAGUGUCCACUUCGUCAGGAAGUUACCCUGGAGAAUCCUGAUUUGCUGGCCCAUGUGUUUAGAGCGCUCUGAUUAGACAAAUGAUGCAGAAGGGGCGAGUUUUCCACCUCAGAAAGCCUAAUCAAAGAUUUAUAAAUAGGUCUCUAAAGCAGGAGUUCAGGGGAUGAGGAGACGAGAGGUCAAGGAAGGGUCAUUACUCUGCCAACAAAGCAACCCUUCCGACUUAGAGCUACACCACCUACGAGGGUGAAUCUACGGGGAAAUUGGCGCCCCAUUUGAACCCUAAGGGUUCUAACCAUGUAAACUCGAUGAUUUGGUUAAUAAGAUUUUUUUAUUUUCAUAUGUGUAAUGCAUGAAUUCCCCUAUUUCGUUAUCUGUUGAUUCGAAUGAUUGCUUAGUCGACCUUGUUAUCUUUUGAGGUGCAAGGAUCAAAAUCCUAGUUGUUUAGGAUGGUUCUAGAAAUAGCAGUCCUCUUCGAUCGAGCCUCAUUCGAUCAAACGACGUGACUCCUCAAUGAAGAAAUUCGAAGGGUCCUUAUUGUCCAUUAGUUUGGGCAAAUGCUUCAACACAAUGUGGGAUCUAACGAAAUGAGAAAUUGGUAGCCCGUAUCUUCGAUCACCAAUGGCGCGUGGUUAGGAGACCUAGGGGGAACAUUGCCUAUGCAAAAUUUUACUUCUCUGCUCUCUCACUUCUCCAGUAGCGUAGAUUUACUUUUCUACACCUGUUUCACUUAACGAACUCCUACGUUCAGUAAAACUGGAGGAACCUCAACCUCCUAAACUGACCUUUUCUUCAAUAUAACUAUACCUCACUUUCGAAGUAAGGGUUCUGCUAGAGACUUGAGGGAAUACGAUCCUUGCCUUUGGACCAGGUAAAUUCGGUAGUGACUGUACAAUCGACAUCAUAAAGCAACAUACUUAUCAGAGGAGUUGAAUCCCCUUACAUUCCAGUAGAGCACAUUCAUUUCCUAUGUUUCCUACCCUUCCUCUAUCCCUUGGAGGAGAUGGAGGAGCUAUGGAUCUACUACCAGAUUUUGUCUUCUACAUAUAUGGAAAAUGAGCUUCAUCAAGUAAAGGUUGCCUUUGGUUCAAGUGGGCUUGCAGCACAUCAGAUUGAAUCCCAUAACCCUUUCCAUUGCCUUAUGCACAUCUGAGCUUAUUAUUCCUAUUCUCUACCGACGUGAAUCCCACUUCAUCAACUUUACCCUUUGCUAUCACACUCACAGGAGGAGUUCAGUCCUAAGCAAGCAGCUCCGGACUAUUAGGCUUCUCUAUAACUUCCACAAUCUCUUUACCUUUAUCCUCGACUGCAAUCUCAACUUCAGCCAGGUUACCUACAACUUGCUCUUUUUUUCUCUAUACUCUUCCAGCUUACCAUCCUUACCUAAGGUAAAGAAUAUUCAAUGUCCAAACAUUCACAUUGGAUGUACCUUGCAGAGGUAGAGAAAUUGUUGCUUACGAAAGUUACAAUGAUAUUCUCUAGCUGUGCCUGAAAUCUCUUUUAGAGAAUGCUUCUUCUUUAGAAGUGUAUAGUUUGCGGGGUUUUGUUAGCCUUUCUGUUGGGAACUCAGAAUGUUAGAAGAAAGGAGGCACUUUUGCAGGAAUUAGUGAGAAAAAGAAAAGUGUUGCUCGAAGUUACUAUUAAUCUGUUUCGUGUCGAUGAUUUUUAUACUGUUGUUGUACCAAUUCAAUCAAUGGAAAUUUCUGGUUUUGGAUGAUUUUCCAACUCCGUAGACCUCGGCAUUGUUGGAAUCUUUGAACCAUUUUCUAGGAUCCAGACUAGUUUCUGGUUUCUCUACAAAAGAUUGAAAUUUGAGUAGCAAGUUGCAACCUUGUUUAUCUUUGGCGUAGUUGGAUCAUCAACCGACGACGUCGCUAAACUGAAGUAUAUUGGAAUGCUGGUAGUACGAAGAAAGCAAGUUUCAUAUAUCUACUACGGUCUACCAGACAAAUCAACAAAAGAGAUCUUCGCCUGAUACGAUGCCGUUUCCGAGAUGUUUAGCUUCAAACUAAACUGUCCAGACUACUUGCCGUAAAGCAAAGCACCUCCAUCUGCAAAAUCCAGAGUACCUUCUUCAUCCGAAGCCAACUGGGGAUUAUGGAAGAAGGCUCAAGACGCGAAGAACCGCAAAAAGAAGAAGAAAUCUGGAGUUGGGGAGCAGGUACCGACGGACAAAUAGGCACUGGAAAGCUGGAGGACGAGCUCCUCCCUCAACUCCUCCAUCUUCCGUCGCUUGCCGCCUCCGCCGCCGGCUCCAUCUCCAUGCUCGCCUGCGGCGGUGCUCACGUUGUUGCUUUGACAUCUGGGGGAAGAGUGUUAACAUGGGGAAGAGGCACAUCCGGUCAACUAGGCCAUGGGGAGAUGGUCAAUUGCUUGUAUCCAAAGGCUGUCAAUUCCUUGGAGGAUCAUGUUAUAACUCACGUCUCUGCUGGAUGGAGUCACUCUGGAUUUGUUUCAGAUGGAGGGUGCCUUUUCACUUGUGGGGAUGGCUCAUUUGGUCAGCUUGGCCAUGGGGAUUACUCUGCGUACAGCACUCCUGCUAAAGUCUCCUACUUUGUGAACAAUCAUGUUGAACAGAUGGCUUGUGGGAUGCGUCAUUCGCUCGUCUUGCUGAAGGGCAGUUUGGAGAGCCAAGUUUAUGGUUUUGGCUCUGGGAAGCGUGGCCAAUUGGGCAUUUCAGUAGAAAAGAUCAAAUCAGCAAAUCUUCCGCGAGUUACUGCUGGGUUUGAAGACAUCCAGAUCACUACCAUAACCGCAAAUGGUGAUCAUAGUGCUUCAUUAUCUGUUGAUGGGAAGUUGUACACAUGGGGAAGAGGGUUUAGUGGUUCUCCAGACAUCAAUGUUCCUAGCUGUACACUUCCAUCUCUGAGUUUCAGUCAAGUUGCUCUUGGCUGGAAUCAUGCUUUGUUAUUGACCGAUGAUGGUGAAGUAUUCAUGCUUGGGGGAAACCGUCAUGGAGUGCUUAGCAACACAGAGAAAAUGAUGAACACAGCACCAAACCAUCUCCCUGGCACGGAGAGGGUUCGAAUACCCAAUGGAGUGAAAGUCAGGCAGAUUGCAGCAGGAUCUGAGCAUUCUGCUCUUCUUAGAGUGGACGGAGAAGUCAUGACGUGGGGAUGGGGAGAACACGGCCAGCUUGGGUUAGGGAGCACGAGUGACGAAACAGAUCCAUGCCUGGUCAGGAUUGGAAGUAAUGACAGCCGGAAUGAAAAGGAAGCAGUCACCAUCUCUAGAGUUUACUGUGGAAGUGGGUUCACAUACGUUGUGAAGGCCGUGCAUUAGCAAUUAUAAGCUGCAAAAAUGCCUAGUUGAUUAUCUAACGCACUGCACAUUCUUCAGAAAAAGAAUCUAACAAUCAUUUAUUUCCACGCAAGAUUCUGUACUGGAUUACACAACGGAAAGAACACGAGCUGAAUUAAAGCUGCAACAUCGUCUAGCCCCAUCCUUAUGGUUGGCCCACUAUGGUAAAAGAAUCAUUAGAGAAUGUUAGCCAAAGUAAAAUUUCUACUAUUUACAUGGAAACUGGGAUACCAAAAAGAAUCACAGCUGCUGCUGCUGGCAAUCAAUCAAUGAAUCUCUU